AUGUUUAAUGAAGAAUAAUUGAUUUAACCUAUUUAUCCUGCUUUUCAUUUUGGUUUUGCUAACAAAAUUCUCAUUAAUUCAAGUUAAGUCGAGAUAUUUAUAAAAGGUGAGGAGAAACUGGUUGGAUAUUUUUAAGUUGACAUUACUGAUUCAGAUAUAAAAUAAUAUAGGGAAAUUACUAGUUGGAGUAAUGAAAAAAUCAUUAAAGAACUGUAAGAUAAUGUGGAUAAAUACUUAAAGUUAGUAGCUGGAUUUGGAACAUGCUUUGGAGUAUUCUAAAAUAAUUUAGCUGCUCUAGAAACUAUUGUUAAAUAGCUUUCAACGAGAGAUAGGUUAAAUUUACCUAUCCUAAUAUACACUACUUUCAAGAGUUAACAUUAAGAUGAUGGAGAAUUGAUUCAAGGAAUAAAUUUAGAUCAUCCUAAAGAUGUUCAUUAAAAGUAUGAUGAAUUAUUUUUAAGCAAAUUAAAGGAUGAUAAUGAAACUACUGAUUCAGUAGUAUCAAUUGAAUAUCAUUUGAUCAAUUUACCAGUUACUUUAGGGUCUAAUCAAUAAAAUCUGAUGAUAGUAUUAAGUGAAACCGAUAGACCAGAUUACUUUGAAAAUAAAGUUAUUCAAAGUAUCAUCAAAUUUAAAUGGAACUAAUAUACAAAAUCAUUUUAUUAAAACAGGUUCUAUACUUACUUGAUAUUUAUGGCAUCAUUUAUUUUCGAUAUUUUUUAUUCAACUUAUGCUUUUGCUCAAGAAAAUGAUUCAGAUUAAAAAGUAGAUAAUUAGGAUACUGAGAUUUUUCAACCAAAUAUCUGGAUUAAGAUCUCAACAAAAGCAAUAUGCAGUAUCGUUCUUUGCUAUUUCUUAACAUAUGAGAUAAGCUAAAUUAGAGUUUAAGGAAAAGAGUACUUUAGUGAUGGAUGGAACUACUUUGAUUUUUCACAUAUUUUAGCUUUUGCAGCAUUUUGUAUUUUAGACUUCACUACUGAAAACCAAGAUAACCUAAUCUUGAUAAAAAUUCUGGUUAUUAUUUUAUCUUUUAUGAAGCUAUUCUUUUUCUUGAGAAUAUAUGAUGGCUUCAGUUUCUUGGUUCAAAUGAUGGCUGGUGUCUUCAAAGAUCUCAAAUAUUUCUUAUUCAAAUUGAUGAAUACAAUGGCGUUAACAAGUUGGCAUAUUUUUUGA